UCACUCCAAAUUGACAAACUCAGCACAUCACAUUCGUAAUUGCAGCCAACUUUAGUUUCAUGUUUGACAUUUCAGUAGCGUUUUUGAAGAACGAUAGCCACACGAAAAUAAAAGAAACUGACGUGUCGUUGGUAAAUUGUGUUUCUCAAUACGGAAAGAACCGAAUCUACAAGCCAAAUAAUCUAAAAUGCAUACGGUCUUGACCAGAGGAAAUGCAAUUUUAGCAUAUUCGUUGAGUGUAUUGGCAUGCCUUACAUUUGCUUGUUUUCUGUCCACAGUAUUCCUGGAUUAUCGAACGAAUGCUAAAUUGAAUUCAGUCAAAGUUCUUGUUAAAAAUGUUGCUGACUACAGUGCAUCACGAGAAAAACACGAUUUGGGAUUCCUCACAUUCGAUUUGCAAACCGAUCUGACCAGCUUGUUUAACUGGAAUGUCAAGGAGCUGUUUUUGUAUCUGACGGCCGAAUAUCAGACCGAAAACAAUGAAUUGAAUCAAGUUGUACUGUGGGAUAAAAUUCUGUUGCGUGGCGAAAAUGCAGUGCUCGAUUUCAAGAACAUGAACACAAAGUACUACUUCUGGGAUGAUGGAAAUGGUUUGAAGGGUCACAAAAACGUCACACUGACACUGUCCUGGAAUAUUAUCCCGAAUGCUGGACUUUUACCGAGAAUAUUUGCCAUUGGUGAACAUUCAUUCAAAUUUCCAGAUUCGUACACUGUAACACCCGUUUAGGACUGAAUAUAGUUAUGGAGCGGUGCUGUGAGACGAUUAAAUUAAGUAACAUUGCCAGAUGGGGUUUGGUUUUCAUUAUAAUGCUUGAUGCACCAAAAAAGAAGUUGUGUCGGUGACGAUACUACAUGAACGAAAUGAGUCAUUAAAAUCGAUUUUUCGGAUAAA